AUGGGCGAGGCCGGUGGCGCGGAGGACGAUUGCCGGCCCAUGGGAACUAAAGAAGAAUUUGUUAAAGUCAGAAAGAAGGACCUGGAACGGCUGACAACUGAAGUGAUGCAAAUUCGGGACUUCUUACCGAGAAUACUAAAUGGGGAAGUUCUGGAAAGCUUCCAGAAAUUAAAGAUUGUAGAAAAAAACCUGGAAAGGAAAGAGCAAGAAUUAGAGCAUCUGAAAAUGGAUUGUGAACACUUUAAAUCCCGUCUGGAAACCGUGCAGGCUGACAGCAUGAGAGAGAAGAAGGAGAAACUCAUUCUUAGACAGCAGCUGAAUGAAGCGAAGCAGCAACUCCUACAGCAGGCAGAGUAUUGUACAGAAAUGGGAGCAGCAGCGUGUACCCUCUUGUGGGGUGUGUCCAGCAGCGAGGAAGUUGUCAAAGCCAUUUUGGAAGGAGAUAAAGCUUUGAAGUUUUUCAACAUCACUGGUCAGACAAUGGAGAGUUUUGUGAAGUCACUGGAUGGUGAUGUUAAGGAGCUCAACUCAGAUGAAAAUCAGUUUGUUUUUGCUUUGGCUGGAAUUGUAACAAAUGUUGCUGCCAUUGCAUGUGGUCGUGAAUUCCUGGUUAACUCCAGUCGAGUGCUCUUGGAUACCAUAUUGCAGCUCUUGGGAGACUUGAAGCCAGGACAGUGCACCAAACUCAAAGUGCUCAUGCUGAUGUCCCUGUACAACGUGAGCAUCAAUUUGAAAGGCUUGAAAUACAUCAGUGAGAGUCCAGGAUUCAUCCCUUUGCUGUGGUGGCUUUUGAGUGACCCAGACGCGGAAGUGUGUCUUCAUGUACUACGGCUUGUGCAAUCUGUGGUUCUGGAACCAGAAAUCUUCUCCAAGUCGGCUUCCGAGUUCCGGAGCUCCCUGCCCCUGCAGCGCAUCCUGGCGAUGUCCAAGAGCCGCAACCCUCACCUGCAGACUGCGGCCCAGGAGCUCCUGGAAGAUCUUCAUGCUCUAGAACGUAAUGUGUAGGUGUGCUCAGCCACCGAGGAGUUUGGUGAAAAUGCCAGUGUCCCUUCCCCUCCCCAGGCUCCUCAUUUUGUAUUCCAAAACCAUCACUGUGUGCCAUAUGUUAGAGAUGGCAAAAUGUGAUUGACUAGAGAUGGACAUAAAUUUAUAUGUAUCCCACAUAACUUCCUCCUGGAAGUGAAAGUACUUGUGGGUGGUUUGUUAAUCUUGCCAAAGGGGAGGCCGUAUAAAAAUUCCAUCCUUCUGGAAAGGUCCAGGUAUAUACUACCAGGAAGAGGAAGAGAGCUUCCUUAGAGUAGCUCCUCACUGCUCGGCAGACUGUCCACGACCUGUAGGCUCACCUGUAAAAAUGAGAGAUUAAUUAACCAUCUACCCCAUUGGCCAGAAUUUUUCUGAGAUAUAUUUAAAAAAAAAAACACAUUCUUUCUCUAGUAAUUAUAAUUAAUCCCUCCAAAAUGCAAGUUUACCCUCAUCACCUUUUGAUGAACCUGCUAUUUCAGAUGACAUUGGGCAUUUUAGUUCUAUAUUUUUGUGCCUCUUUUAUUUUUGAAUAAAGAAAAUAAGAAGAGUUG